CGCGUGCACUUCCUGGUUACGGUGCAGCAGUGCAUGUUGUGGUUGUGGGACAGAUCAAUUUGUCUCAAGGAAUGGUCCAUUUUCUCCUGCGACCGAACUGGAUCAGCAGGGUUCGUCUCGCGCUCACUCUCCUCGGACUCCCGUACACCGUUUGCACCUCCGGAGUCAGGUCUGCCAUCACCUGCCCGUCUUCUUAUCCUUUAAGAACCGGUCAGCCCAUCACUUCACCAAUCACUUCCAUUUGCUGUAACUUCCGCACGACCACUGUCUGGACAAUGCCGUCUUCAGCAGCGCCUCAUGUAAAGGCCAGAUGCCCCCAGUAUCCAGGAUCCAAAAUCAAGCGCUUUCCUGUGCCUGAUGACAAGGUGAACUGGAGUCAGAACUGGCCGCAGUAUAGUCCAGUCAACUAUACCGACCCUUUAAUGACAAAGAAGCCAGCAUGGGCGGAUCCUGAUAUUGGCACUUUCUCUCCAAGUUUCAACUCUGUGGAUGGUGCUGUGGACAGAACAAGCUUUGAUGGCAACUACAAAGUGGAAAAGGGAAUACCACUAAAUCCUCAUGGACGGACAGGGUUGGCUGGUAGAGGUUUGCUGGGACGAUGGGGACCCAAUCACGCAGCAGAUCCUAUUGUCACCAGAUGGAAAGUAGAUGCCAAAGGAGAGAAGGUGAAUCACCCAGUCACCAAACGGCCUGUCCUGCAGUUUGUGGCCAUCAAGAGGAAAGAUUGUGGGGAGUGGGCCAUUCCUGGGGGGAUGGUAGAUCCAGGGGAGCAGGUUUCUCUCACGCUGCAGCGGGAGUUCUCGGAAGAGGCGCUGAACUCCCUUUCAGCAUCACCAUCGGAGAGAGCAAAACUCCACGAGCGCAUCACCAAACUUUUCAAAUCACCAGGGUUUCAGGUCUUUAAAGGCUAUGUGGAUGAUCCUAGAAACACUGACAAUGCUUGGAUGGAGACCGUUGCAGUCAACUUCCAUGAUGACUCAGGCAACAGUGUGAGUGAACUGCCGCUGCAAGCUGGCGAUGACGCGGGACAAGUCAAAUGGGUCGAUGUUGACUCGUCUUUCGCCCUCUAUGCGAAUCAUUCCCAUUUCCUGGAGCUGGUUGCCAAAGAGAGGAAAGCCCACUGGUAACCAAGGAUGAAAGACUCUGUUCUGACUCAGUGAUGAAGCAAAUAUUAAGAGCAUUACUGCUCUCUAGGUGCUGAGUGUGCUUGUAUAUUUAAGAUGCAUGAUGUACCUCACUAACUUAAACAUUAUAAUCACAGUUAUGAUAGUGAAAGAUGAAUAUACAUCUCAUUAGUUUCGCAGUUAACAACAUACAGCAACAUUGUGGCUAUGCAGUUUUAGACUAAUAUAGCAGAACUUAUAAUAUGAAUGUAAUCAGCAGAGGAUGUUUUUCCAACAGUGUUGGAGCUGACCUUUGACCUGUGUAACAGAACAGAAAAGAAGAGAGGAAACAUUAAAAAAAGGGACUGAGACAUGCAACUGUAAAAAGCAAGAUGCUGCUCUUCAAUGGCACACUUCACCAAAUGACAAGGCUAACCACGUUAUUUCUAUUGGCACAAAUUAUGCUAAUUUAUUCUAUGUUAACAAGGAUCGCAUUAACCCAGUGAGACCAUGUUAGACCAAACACAAUGAGCUGCUGAACAUAAGACAUACUACAUUAAUAUAAGUGUGAUAGGGGGGGCAAUCGGAAUGAAGAAGUGCAGACUUUGAUCUUUCCAUGUGAAUAGGACGUGAAGAUGUGGUGGAGCAGUGCUCUGAAGCUGAGCACAGACAGACUGAAGCCAGAGGACAAACAUGUUUUCAAGCGGUAACAGAUGGUAGAAGGAAAGGCCAUUUUACAGUCAACAGCCUGCCUUUCCAAAACAUUCACAUCAGUAUGUGUCAUCUCACUGGUGGGCAUACUUAUCAGUGAGGCUGGGACAGGGAAUUAAGCAUUAAAUGGUUUGUGUGUGUUAGGAUUACUGAUACAAGCACUUCUGUCAUCGAAGAGAGUCAACAACAGACGACUGAGCUCAGUUACAGUAAUGAGAGAUGGCUGCAUCAUCUUAGGUUUCUUACUUUGCUGUAAAAUCAGUUUCAUAAGAUGUGAUAUGACUGUUCUGUUUGCUGUAAAACUAGUGAGGACUGUCACUAGGCACUGAUGGGAAAGAGAGUAGAGUAUGACUGCAACUGGUUUUUAUCAAGCUGGGAACUCUUUGGGGCUUUAUUGAAUUAGGCCCACAACAGUUCUGAGAGAUGCCAAAAAUACUAUGAGCUGUUUUUAUUUACAGUCAUCACUGAUCAGGCCUUAAUAUUUGUCUGUAUGACAUAAUAUUCAACUGUUUUAAGGUAUGGGUGAGUGUGGAGGUUCUACUGUUCAAAUAUUAUUUAGUAAAAUAUUAAAAUUCUUCACACCCAUACAGACGCUCAAUCAGCUCUACGAGACUCCCAGUGCACCCAGAGCACUUACCACCUCCACCAGAGCAUUUAUAGUUGGGCCACUAAUAGCAUUUGUGUUGUGGGAAAAUCCUCUGGUCUAAAUAGUUUAAAUUUUUCUGCACUAAUGUGAUUUUUGGCUUGUGGUUAGUAUAAGACAAAUCUAAACAAAUGAUAGGAUGAGAGAGCUCUGUCACUGAGAUGCUUCACAGCCAAGUGAUCAAAUGCUAUAAUAUACUAUAAUACUAUAAUGAUUUUGACUAAUGGUAUGCAUAAGGCUUCGCUGAUUGGAUUGUUUGUAUAUGCUGUAAUGUGAAAAUGAACCCACAGGUUGUUACAAACUUGCACUGAAUUUCUUUGAAGGUGUCUGACGGUGAAGUGUCUGAUACUUUUUUGUUUAAUUUGACUUCAGAUAGUAAAUAAUUGUGAAUUCUUGAA